AUGGCCUUCACUCCCGAGAUCUUCGACAUCGCCAACGAGUCUCAGACGACGGAAACGGCCAAGAAGUAUGGUCUCACAACCGCCGAAGUGAAGGAGCUUCAUCAGAGGGCGACGGCGGCAAAGGCGACGGCCUAUUGCCCGUACAGCCAGUUCCGUGUGGGCGCAACGCUUCUUUCCAACGAUGGCCAGUACACCGAUGGAGCCAAUGUCGAGAAUGCCUCCUACCCUGUUGGCACAUGUGCCGAGAGAGUAGCAUUCGGCAAGGCCAUCACGGAGGGUAUCCGGGGGUUCAAGGCCGUUGCCGUUGCCACGGACAUUGAGGUCCCCUGCAGCCCGUGUGGCAUGUGCCGACAGUUUAUCCGCGAGUUCGUGGACUUGGAGACGCCGAUCCUCAUGUUCAACAAGGAAGGCAAGUAUGCCGUGAUGAGACUGGAAGCGCUCCUCCCUCUCUCAUUCGGCCCCGAGUACCUCCCGCCCCCAGACGUCCUGCAAAAGAGCCGCGCCGGCGGAGUAUAG